AUGCAUGUAACAAUCAUCAGAGGUAAACGUUAAAUUAGGGAGAAUAUUGAACACUAUUGAAUAUUGUUAAAGUUGUUUCGUUCCAAUAUAAACAGCAAUCUUAGUUGACAACUGUUCUGUUGCAUUGCAAACUCUUCUACAAAUUUUGCUAUUUCAGUUUGGCUAUUGUAUUGCAUUGUAUUGUUCAAUACAGUCUAAAAGACUGUGCCAUGAGGAAUAUGCAUAAAAAGCAAGAGAAAAGAAAGAGGAAAUUUGCAAUUAAAACAAGAAUAUUCAUAGUGUAUACUGAAAGUGUUCCCUUUAGAAAGGGGCAGGGGUUUAUUCAGUAGAGAGGGAUUCAUCAUUUCCUGUUACAGCAGAUGCGAUUUGUGAAGUUUCAGGGCACAGGUCCAACUCCAGUAAACUCCUGGUUGGUUAUAAAGCAUAACAGAUGAUGUAAAAGUAAGAUUUUUGUCUACUUUUUUAUAGGCAUUGAAAUAUUCUUUUCAGACGCAUGACCGUUUGUGUUUUGUUAUGGAAUAUGCUAAUGGAGGGGAGCUAUUUUUCCAUCUAUCACGAGAACGUGUUUUUUCUGAAGAUCGUGCCCGGUUCUAUGGAGCUGAAAUUGUAUCGGCAUUGGACUACCUACAUUCAGAGAAAAAUGUGGUAUAUAGAGACUUAAAGUUGGAAAACUUGAUGCUGGAUAAAGAUGGACACAUAAAGAUAACAGACUUUGGGUUAUGUAAAGAAGGGAUCAAGGAUGGAGCAACAAUGAAGACUUUCUGUGGCACACCAGAAUACCUUGCCCCAGAGGUAUCUUUUAUAUUAUAUUCAUAUUAUCCCAAGAGAUUUUCCUUAAUCAAAAAUAGAUGCUAAGAUAUUUCCCAAAAUAUUACUGUACCAAAGUCAAGUACCAUAAGUGU